AUGCAUCAUCACAUAUCGCAAGAUCCCAGUCGAUCGACAACACCGGAAUACCAAGAAUCCCCCUCUCAAAAAACCUCCGACUCCACCAAAAAACCACCAACCCUGGCAUUUGGAAUGUGGCGUGCGGAUAAUCAGAAGAAAUUCGAUGAAAUGUAUCCGAAUAAGCUUCCAUUUGAAGUCGUGACAAAAAUGAAAACCGCUUGGAGACACCACAUACCAGCUGAAGAGAGAGACUACUAUUUUGCCAAAGAAAGACAAUUGAAGAUUCAAAGAGAUAAUCCAUCAAUGGCGCCAACGAAAGUCGAGAGCCCACCGCGGAGCUUCGAAGUUGCACGAGAAGUGGAGAGUCCAAAACCACAAGAAGAAUACGUGAAACGACCGCUGAAUCCUUAUAUGAUCUUCUUUCGAAAACGCAGAGCCGAUAUGUCGAUUACUGAGCCAAAUCUUCCUUCAUCGGAAAUCUGUAAGCGGUUGGGUGCAGCAUGGGCAAAUAUGUCAGCGGCGGAGAAAAAACCAUUCUAUGACGAAGCCGGGAAAUUGAAGAAGCAAGUUUAUGAGGAGCACCCAAACUACAAAUUCCAUCCUCGCAAGCGACCGGCUGCUCAAAUAUCGGAGACCCCCACCUCAACGAUGACUCCCAUCAGACCCACGUCUUAUUCCAUUCCUCAUGGACCCCCCAGCCAUUCUCAACCAUCAUCCCCAAUGAGACAAAGUUCCUUCAACAUGCCACCACAACAAGUGCAAACUCCACACACGCCUUCUAACGUGCCACCACCAGGAGUCCCUGCUCAGCGCCAACAAGUCCGUUUCCGUUUUCCGCCUUGUCUGGAGUAUCCAAGAACAAGCGGGAGAGCAAUUCGAGAGGGGCAGGAAAAUUAUGGAGCCAGUUAUUUGCCAGUCUGGUUUUGA